CUUUCCCCACUCCACCAGUCCUUCCCCUUUCGAAUCUCUCAUUCUCCAACAUUCCAGUAUGCCUCUCACCCUAUCCCCCAUAACCGAAAAAGACACUCUAUCCUGGACACGCAUUCGCGCCCUUGCCUACCUCGGCCCCACUCACGAACUCGUGCACUUAGGACCCAUCUCCGAAUCCUCAGUUCUAAGCGUUGCAGAAGACCGAAAGAAAGAAAUCAACAAACCAAAUACCUGGCACUGGAAAAUCGUAGACACAGAUCUUUCACCCUCACCAGACGACCCUGAAGACAACAGUGGAAGAACAAUCGCAAUCGCAGUCUGGAGUCUCCAAAAUCCCUCCAGGUCUCUAGCGAUUGAUGCAGCGAAGCUAGCAGAGGAAUCUCCGCCUUUUCUACCUCCGGAGCUGCGACUCGAUGUCUUGAACGCGUUAUUCACGCCCAUUCGUGCUGCCCAGCUCGAAAUCAUGGGUAAUUCUACUUAUCUCAUGUUGCACUCGCUGGCUACGCAUCCAGACCAUCAUCGCAAAGGGGCAGGUACCAUGCUACUUCAAUGGGGACUCAAGAAAGCGGAUGAGAUGAGUCUAGAGACGUAUUUAGAUACGACGGUAUUGGCGAGGCCUUUGUAUGAGAAGUGGGGGUUUGAGUUGGUAAAGGGGAUUGAGUUUGAUAGGAAGCCUUGGGGUGGAGAUGGCGUGGAUUGGCAUGGUUGCAUGGUACGGAAACCAAGCCCAUCCAAAAAGUCGACCACAUAA